UUAUCUUUCGGAGAAAAGGACGAACGUUGGCUCAAUUGCGUCUAUUUAACGUAUCGUAUUCGCCGCUUAAAUAGGCAGAGGAGUUCUGUGAUGUGUUCAGUAGUUUUGUGUUCAUCAUCCGAUCGAGUCGCUUUUUUGAAAAAUUUGAAGACAACUCAAAUCCGAGUGUGACAAUAAGAUGCCUCUCUUCCCAGCGAAAUCGACGGCUUUGUCCGAUUUGGUUUUAGGAUGUUCGUGCAUUUGGGCCCUCUAUUCCCUUCACGCUGGAACUCCUGCCGUCAACUUGAAGACCCGUAUCCUCACCGAUGGCGGAAUGGCCUCCAACAAUUUGGCCUCCGUUUGGUUCGCGUUGACACUUGCAGCUUCAACAUUGGGCGCCUUCCGUUUCAUGAAAAGGGAAUUCUUUGAUCGCUUGGCCCCAUUUCACGACUUGUUGUCCUGGUUGGUGCUCGUCAUUGGACUCCCCUGCUUGGCCUCCCAAUUCUACCUCAAUGCCGGCCUGCCCGUUCUGGGGAACCUUCACCUCUUGCUCAUUCUGCCACCCGUUCUCUCUUGGCUGGGAAAAGAUCAUUUGCUGGGUACUUUCAUUUCCAGAGCUGAGACGAACAAGGUGACGGGAUACAUAGCACUGGCCUGCAUGUUCUCCAUGACUGGCUGCGCCGUUUACAGCCGCAAUUACUACCAGCUAUUGGCUUGCCUGUUGAUGUUCUCGUCGUCUCGGGCUUUCGACAUCACCGAGAACAAGAGACUCGGUUUACCGCCAGUUGAUUGGCUCCACUACGGUUUGGCCGCUUCCAAUUUCCUGCUCGUCGCCGGACUUUGUCACAGCGAUUUGCCCGGCAUGGAGAAGCUUCGCCAUUGGACCGAAAACGCCAUGUCAUCCAUGUUUUCCUAAAUUCAUUCAUUUCUCAUCUACACACAGUACGAUUUUUUGUUUUUUGUUCUCUUAUCCAAGAUGACAAUAAUAAUCAAGUUUAUUCUUUUGCACACUUUUGGGAAGACUUAAGGCUUUAAAAAAUAAUAAAAUUCAAAUGAUAAUACAGUUUUUUGUUUUUAAUGAGAUGACGAACAAAUAAGACGCAAACCAUAUAUUUCAAAUUUUCUUUUGGAAACGACGAAACACAGAACAAAACAAACAAGGGGAGGAGAGAAAAAAACAAAUUGUGUUGGGUGAUUUACAAAAAAAUUGACGACGAAACACGGAGAUAAUUCGUUCAUGUUGAGGACAGCAAAAAAGUUCAAAUUUCAAUGACAUUUUGGUACUGUUAUAUGAAAAAUCACGUGUUCCCUCCCGGCCAUCGUUAUACAUAUCAUGAUGAAACAACACGGAUCAAUAUAAAAGAAAUAAAAUGAUACAAAUUGUAAGAAAGAGAAAAAUUGAGAGAAAAAUGCAAAUCAACAAUUGAUUGAUUUUCUGAAAAAAACUAGCUCACAUUUAAUCACGGGAUCCACCCUGUGGCGUAGAUGCCAUAUCAUCAAUGAACAAAUGAACCCUGUGUCCACCUCGAUCUGCACGCACAAUUAAAAAAUAGAAUGAAAAUUAUUACACGGAGGGGAGAUCAAAAGAAUUAACGGAAACAUCUAUCACCACGAAAACAAAUGCUGCUGCGCAAAUUAUAAAAGAUGAUAUUAAAAUCAUAAAAUGCCAUUUACACGAUAUAUAAUAAUAAUAGACCUUGGUUCUUUUUUGUGAGCUAUUUUGGACCUAAUUAUAUCAAAACUGAACGACGACUGUUCGGUAAUCAAGACAAAAAAUAUAGUCAUCGAAAUUGUGGUCCACAUGUUUAACACAAUCAGAAAGAAACCAAAAACAAUUUCGUUUUCACUUAUCAAUUCGGUUGCGACGCCGAAAAACCAAAUUCUGAAUGGAUCACCACAUUUUUCAAGGGGAAGAAAGUUGGGAGGAGGAGGCUAAGGUAAAAAAUAUAUAGCUGAGACGUUUGACUCGUAAAUGAGCGACGAGAGUGAUAGAAGAUUUUUCGAAAAAACCACUAAAUGCCAAAAUCAAUUUUUUUCCUUUCACAAAAAUGCCAUUUUGAAAGUUAGAAAAACAGUACCGCUUUCACGUUCACGAAAAGCAGACGGAAUAAGAGAUGGCAAACCAUACAGGAAAUCUUAUAUUGGGUUGGGUGUGUAUAAUAAGAGGGGAAUUUUAUACUAUGUAACUUCAAUAACCAAAAAAUGGUUUUCAUUUUUGAAUUUUGUCUCUCCAGUCGUCUGUGAUAUCGAAUGUACCCGUAUACAGACCCAGUGAAAGAUCCCGCGAAAAUUUGAAUCAAAAUGGGUGGGGGGACAGGUGUUUGGACGCUGAGACCAUCAAGACGUCCGUCAGUAUGCAAACUGUUAAACAACAAUUUUGUAAAGUAAAGAGUCUAGAUAAAAUGCUCUCUAUGGAUGUAAAUAUAAAUGCACGUUGUAUAUCAAUAGAUUAUAUGGACUCUUUGAAAUCGUUGGUGAAAAUCGCCCGAUUAUUAUCAAAACAAACGGAAUUUGAAUCUCUCACAUUGAAAUGCGGACAGGGAAGAAGGGAUGGCAGGCACGAGACUUUAGAUAUUAUACAAGAUCAUUAAGAGCGAAUCAAAGAAACAAUAAAACAAACGAGGAUACAUAAUAAUAUAUCUACCUUUUGAUGAUCACAACAACAACAAGACUGAUCACAAAUAGCGCGCGUCUUUUGUUUUUCAAAAAAUCGAUCCUCCUUUUCUGCUCACGUCGCCGUUCGAAAAUAUACUCUUUUCACGACAUUCCUUGUCUUGUUUGUGUCGAUUUCAAACGAGAGGGGGGGGAGGGGAAAUCACACAGAAACAAAAUCAAAUUUGUAGAAAAAUGUCAAAGAGUAUAUAAUUAUAGGCCCUGUUUUGUGUUUGAGCACGCUGUUUAUGUAUACUUAUCAGUCCCUGAUUUUCUUCUAUUCAAUUCGGGAAAUGUUUUCAAAUUUUUAAUUGCUCUCGGGAGUGGGGGUGGGUGGGUGGGGGGAAGCGGAAGGAUUAUAUUACGGAGCAGGUCCCAUUUGUUGGCCAAAAUCAUCAAGUGGAGAUGUGUCGUUCGAAUUUGUUGUCGUUUUACUCAUUUAAAUUAUAUGCA